AUGACGCGUGUCAGUUUUGGCACAAGUUCCUCUCCGUUUUUGCUUAGUGCUACAAUAAAACAUCACAUAAAGAAAUAUAAAAAAGAUUAUCCAGAUGCAUUUUACAUCUUGAACAAUAAGUUAUAUGUUGACGAUCUUAUCCAUAGUCUAGAAGACGAAGAAACUGCAUUGAAAGCUCAUCUAGAAGUAAAAAGUAUUUUGAGAGAAGCUGGAUUCAACAUGAGAAAAUGGAGAACGAAUUCUGAAGCACUGGAAGUUAAAUUGCGCGAAGAAUCCAUCAACGACUCUGCCUCUUGCAAAAUUCUAGGCUACUGCUGGAACUCAAAGCAAGACCUUCUGAGCAUUGAAAAUGAAAAGCUGCUCAGUGAGAAAAGUGCACACGAUUUGAAAGCAACCAAGAGGGGUGUUAUAAGAACUGCAGGAAAAGUAUUUGAUCCUAUUGGACUGAUUUCACCAUUUACAGUACGAGGAAAGAUUCUUUUGCAAGAAAUUUGGAAGAGAAAAUUAAAUUGGGAUGAUCCGCUUCCACCGGACUUGAAGGACACCUUUCAAAAUUGGUGCGAAGAGCUAUAUUACUUAAAUGAAAUUCGAGUACCGAGGCAUUUAACUUCGAUGAACAAAAUGGAAGAAUUGUCUGAUUGGACACUUCACUGUUUUGUAGAUGCUAGUAAAAAGGCCUAUGGGGCUGUAAUUUAUGUAGGUUUCAGAGAUUCAAGUGGGAAUUAUAAUACGACGUUAGUAGCCUCAAAAUCAAGAGUUGCACCGAUACAUGACAUUACUCUUCCAAGAUUGGAGCUUCUUUCAGCGCUCAUAGGAGCAAGAUUGUUCCAGUACAUUCGAAAUAGUCUGACUCUUCCAGAAAACGUUGGAUUUUACUUCUGGUCAGAUUCCAUGAUAACAUUACACUGGAUUAAGGGAAGCACAAGAAAACUUAAAAUGUUUGUAAGAAAUAGAGUCGAAGAAAUCAAAAGGAUUUGCCUUCCUGAGUGGUGGCAUCAUUGUCCUGGAACUGAAAACCCCGCGGACUUACUAUCAAGAGGAGAAAACAUAAUUACCUUGAAGGAUAAAGAACUGUGGUGGCAAGGACCACCAUGGAUAAGGAAGAACUCUGAUCAAUUGCUAGAAAGAAUCAAUGAAGAGUCUCAUGAAGUUGAUUUUGAAUCUGAAUUUCAGGAAGCAACUAAUCUCCAUGUAAGUACGGAAUUCGGAGCUCUUUUUGAUCUACACAAAUUCAGUAAAUUCAAUAAGGUACUGAGAAUAACAUCGUGGAUUAAAAGAUUCGUCUUCAACACGAAAAAUCCUCGCGGUAAGAGAACUGAAGCGUUAACUUCGGAAGAACUUCAAUCAGCGGAGGAGUACUGGAUAAAAUUUACUCAGAUGGAAAACUUUCCUGAAGAAUAUUUGGCUUUGAGAGAAGGAAGAAGAUUGCUGACAAUUCCUCAGGCUGGUAAAGAAAUCAGCUCCUCUCUUUCCCAGCUGCUUAAAUUACGGAAGUACCAAGAAGAUCUCCUGAACAGCUUAUGGAAUAGAUGGAAAUCCUCGUAUCUUCUUGAACUAAGGUCUGCUCAUCAAUCUAAGCAGGCGCUGCUAUCAAACGGACCAGGAUGCUUAUGA